UAUGGAGUACUAAUCUUAGAGUGAGUGAAAUAAUUCAUUUUAGAGCUCUCCAAUUACAGCCAUGCCGAUCCGUAACAUCGCCGUUGGAAGGCCCGAUGAGGCUACCAGUCCGGAUGCUUUGAAGGCUGGGUUGGCUGAGUUCAUUUCCACCUUGAUUUUUGUUUUUGCCGGCCAAGGUUCCGGCAUAGCCUUCAGUAAGCUUACUGACGGCGGCGCCGCCACUCCCGCUGGCCUCAUCUCCGCCUCCAUCGCUCAUGCCUUUGCCCUGUUUGUCGCCGUCUCCGUCGGCGCUAACAUCUCUGGCGGCCACGUCAACCCCGCUGUUACCUUCGGCGCCUUCGUCGGCGGUAACAUCACCCUCCUACGUGGCAUCAUCUACUGGAUUGCCCAGCUCCUCGGAUCCGUCGUUGCCUGCUUGCUCCUUAAAUUCGUUACUGGCUUGCCCACCGGAAGCUUCGCUCUAUCAGCUGGAGUCGGUGAACUAAACGCCUUCGUUUUCGAGAUCGUGAUGACAUUCGGAUUGGUGUACACAGUGUACGCGACCGCAGUGGAUCCCAAGAAGGGCAGUUUGGGAACAAUUGCACCCAUCGCAAUCGGUUUCAUCGUCGGAGCUAACAUCUUAGCCGGUGGAGCAUUCACCGGAGCCUCAAUGAACCCAGCUGUGGCAUUUGGACCAUCCGUGGUGAGCUGGUCAUGGGACAACCACUGGGUCUACUGGGCUGGACCUCUGAUCGGAGGUGGUCUUGCUGGGCUCAUCUACGAGUUCAUCUUCAUCUCCAACUCCCACGAGCAACUCCCGACCACCGACUACUAAGCAACAACCACCACUCACGGCAGCGGCGGCCAUGUUUAAUUUGGUGUAUUUGGUUUUGUUAAUUGUUUUUAAUCGGACGGGUUUGGGUCGUGUCUUAUUUGUGACCGUUGAUCUUUUCACAAUUUGAUCAUCAUCUUUACCUGGGACCUACGGUGAUUUCAUUGAAGAUGAAAAUCAAGGCCAGGUUGUAAUUUGUGUUAUUCUGCUCCUGUCUGUACGUGAAUUUUCAGUCUUCUCCUUCUUUGUCCAGUUCGAUAAUUUUCUAAAUUCAAGACUUUAUUUUUCUCCAUUUUUCUGAAUAAUGCAGUGGGCCCCAUUUGCCA